AUGUUCGGCAGCUCCACAGCCGACGGCAUCCAGUUCCAGUUCCGCGCCAUCAAGCAGGACGCCAACACGCUCAAAGCCACCGUCAACAGCGGCGGCAACCCGGCCUCCGUCCUCUCCCUCGGCCCCGGCAGCACGGCCUCGACGCCACGCGGGCCCCGCGCCACAGCCGGCUCGUUCACGAGCGCCGCCUCGACCCCGACGACAGCCUCCAAACGCUCCGCUUCAACCAUCUCCCGCUCCGGCGCCUCCUCAACCAAACGCACCAAGCUUGCGGCGGCGGCGGCGGCGGCGGCGGCGCCAGGACCCCCACCACAGCAGCCGCCGCCUCGUCCGAGGGCGAGGACGACGAAGAUGACAUAUUCGGCACUGCCGGCCACGACGCCCUCGGCAUCGACACGCCCAAAGCCAGCCUGCACGACCGCCUCAUGGCCUCGAGCCGCAAGAAGCCCGCCCCCACCUCCACCUCCGCCACCGUCUCCGCUUCCGCAACGGCCGCAUCCGAGGCCAACACGCCACCAGAGGGCGGCGCCCGCGUCGCAGGAGGGCGUCAAGUUUGACUACGACGCGGCGCCGCAAGGGUACGGGCCCGGCGCGGGCGGUGUCGUGGCGGGGGGCGCCUUUUGCCAGACGGGGAUGGACGGGUACUUUGGGGCUUCGUCCGAGGGGGACAGCUUUGGUGGGGUGGACUUUGGGUCGUUUGUCGGCAGUGAGAAUUACGAUGAGAUUUGA